UAAAAAAGUAUUAAGGUGUAGUGAGGGAAGUAUUGUGGAAGUAUCAAAUUGUGAUUUGGACUUAACGAGCUUGCAGUGUAUUUUAGGAGUUGAACACGAUUUUAACAAUGGAAUUCUACGUAUUUUUAGUUUUGUUGGGAGCUGCUUUUGUAUUCGCAGAUGCAGAAGGCCAUAUGCCUCCACGAUGUCCUCCAGUGGAUUGUGAACCACCAUGCCAAAUCAACGAAUCUAAUCUUCCUUGCCCAUCCUGCGAAUGCAUCCAGUGCUCCCUCCCCCUAUGUCCACCACCUUGUUGGAUAAAUUUUACAACUGUACCCUGUGCAAGCUGUCAAUGCGAAGGCGCGGAUGCCAUCCAAUGCACCCUCCCCAAGUGCUCCAGGGGUUGCGUCAUCGAUCUGGACACACAACCUUGCCCGAGCUGUUCUUGUGAUUUGUAAACUCGGAUCGCCAGUAUCGCGUUCUGGAGAUGUCUAUGGGAGGAAGAAUGAUACAACUCCUGCUUGACGAUUUUAGAAAAUCUUCAAUAUUUUAAGCCUUUAAAUGCAAUUGAUGUUUUGUUCCAGUAUUAAAUUCUGUAGCUUUUAAUGUAAUAAAUCUUUUAG